AAAAAAAAAAACCUUUCAUUAAUUAUAACCAAAAUUAACUUCGAAGAGAACAAGAGAAAAAAAAGGUUGAGAAAAAUCAAGAAAUGGGAGAAGAAAAAGGCAAGAUUGAAGCUUUGAGGGAAUGGGUUGUGGAGCACAAGCUUCGCACUGUAGGGACUUUGUGGGCGAGUGGGAUUGUGGGUUCAAUGGCAUACAAUUGGUCUCAGCCUAAUAUGAAGACAAGCGUUAAGAUCAUUCACGCUAGGUUGCACGCGCAAGCACUUACUCUUGCUGCAUUGUCCGGGGCUGCUAUUGUAGAGUAUUAUGACCACAAGUCAGGAGCAAAAACAGAACGAGUUGCAAAGUUCCUCGACCUGAAACAGAACCAACACAAGAAUUGAAUCAUGACCGUAUGAGUAAGAAACUGUUUGUACUUCUUCAAAUCCAUGAUAAACUCAGAUGCCAUAGUAGAUUAGAUGGUACAUGGUGCAGACGUGCGUAGCUCCAGCAUAUAGCGAAAUUCGCUCGAGUUUUAUGCUUUCAGAUUUGAAUAUUGAGACAAAACGAUGAUUUUUUUGGCCUUCAACUAACUUGGUUGUGGAUGUGUUGCAGUAGUCUUGAGUUGUGGCAACAACUGACUAAGAGUUGUGUUAUGAUAUUUAGAUCAAGUUUUAGUUUGUGUAAAAAAAUCGGAACAAGUUUUAGUUUGUGUAAAAAAUCGCAACUCGAACAAAAUUCGUGAUAUUAAUGACAAUUAGUCUUUUCCUUUUUGAUAAAAACAAACAAA